UUGAGCUGAGAGGACGGGCCCCAUACUGACUCCCUGCACACUGCUCCCUUCUACACCAUGGGGGACAGACAGUACCCCUACCCUGUGGCCCUACACUGGACUCAGGAGCCCGAGAGCCUAAAAAAACUCAAAAAUAAACUUCUGCUGUAUUUCCAGAAGAGGAGCGAAUCUAAUGGAGGAGAGUGUGAGAUCCGAGACACCGACUGCAGCCGGGGAUACAUCCUCAUACACUACAAGGAGGGGGCAGGUAAGGAUCCCAUUGUGAAUCCUUCCACCAAAUCCCCAGAUAUUUUGUCAAUUGUUGAAAAAUUUUCAAGAAACUCCAGAGUCCGGACACUUAAAAUGACGGCACAGCUUCUGGAAGAAACUAAAACUAUCAGGGUUGAGGGUCUCCCCCCCGAAACACCUGAGGAUUUAAUCAGCCUGUAUUUUGAGAGCCCAAAGCAUGGCGGUUCCGGAACCAAUGAAACAUUAGCCAUUUCUGAAGAGGGCGCCGCACUGGUUACAUUCUCCACUGUGGAAGCUGCUAAGAAAGUUCUGGGAAGGAAGCAUCAGUUUUCUAAGAAAGACGUAUCUGUGUAUCCGUAUUAUCCCUCACAGGAUAUCGUACUUUAUGGAAAGCAAAGACCCCACAUACAAAAACCAGAGCCACUCACCUUCCCAAUAAAUCCGUACAUUUUGGAAUUCAUCGUCAGUAACGCCCAACAAAAAGACAACAUGGAAACAACAAUGGAGGCUCAUACAUGUGAGAUCAAAUGGCCGGAUCUACUCUGCCCCAACCCCGAAAUCACAUUGAACUUUCCUGACACCCUCUCUACUCAUCUCAGGACAUUGGCAAAGCUUGUCCCAACAUGGAACUACACGGUCCAUGCAGAGUUCUCUCGUCUCAUAUCCAAGUACAAAGUCAUAGAAUAUAAAAUGGAUCAGUCGGUCUGGGAUGCUAUUAGAGAACAUGUCAGCAGCUCCACAUAUAACGAAGUUCUUAUCAAACCUGACAUAGCUGCAACGAAGGUUUUCCUGGCAGGAUUUGUAAAGGAUGUUACAAAGAUUGACCCGACAUUCAGACAACUGGUGGAGGAAACCACUAAACAGGUUGUAAGAAAGAAUCAAGGCAAGACUGAGACGUUAUCCAUGUCCCCAGCCCUCUAUCAGAUCAUGUGUAACAGCGGCCUGAAGAAGAAGAUACUGGACCAAGUUCCAGAGCUGAAGAUUGACUAUGAUGUGCCAAGAAAGGAGAUCCGACUAUCAGGACUGAGAGAUGAGGUGCUCACUGCCAAGUGUGAGAUACUCGACCUCAAACAAGAAAUGAAAAGUAAAUCCAUCCAAAUGAAUCCACAUCUCGUUCAGUUCCUGACAUCCACCGAUAAUGAGGAACUGUCCUGUCUGCUGUUUGUACGUCACAACAUGAACGCACUGCUGGAGAUUGAUGAUGACAAUGUUAAACUGACGGCUUACUCAAAGAAAGACUUGGUGGAGGCUGAAGAACAAAUGAAACAAGAACUGGUGUGUAAAGAAAUUUGUGUGGAGGAAAAGAGUGUCCUUAACAGUCCUGAGUGGAGAAGUUUUCAUUCAUAUCUGCUUGAGUCGUGUAAUGCAGAAAAAAGCACAGUGCUGAUACUGGAGACACUUUCUGGAGCAGAGAACAAUGUCGUCAUCGCUGGUCUGUCUUCCAAUGUGGGGAAAUGUUACCAGCAAGUCAGUGACUUUCUAGAGGAAAACACUCCAGUGGAAAAGAACAUUCAGUGUAAAUCUCUGGUAGUUAUAGAGUUCCUCAAAGAAGAGAAGAAACAAGUGUUGGAUGAGUUGAAAAGUGAUAACCUGAGCGUGGCAAUCCGUAAUAAAAAUAUACGCUUGAAAGGCCCAAAGCCCUACGUAUCAAAAGCCUACACCCGUAUAAGUGACGUCCUGCGUUCCCUCUUCUCUGACACACUGUACAUUGAUAAACCCGGAGCCAAGAAGUUUUGUUUGGAACAGGAAGACCUUUAUAUCACUAUGGCCAAGAAUACAUUCAGAUGUCUCCUACGUUUUCAGAAGGAAGAGGAAGAAGAGACUGAAGAAGAUGAAACUGAAGAGAUGGAAGGACCACAAUGCCAAGUAAAUCUUCCAAAUGGUGUGGUCAUCUCUGUACAUAAAGAUGACCUGUGCCGCCUCAAAGUUGAUGUCAUUGUUAAUGCAGCCAAUGAGGAGCUGAAGCAUAUUGGGGGCCUGGCUGCGGCUUUACUGAGAGCUGCAGGUCCCAAACUACAAGAAGAUUCGGAUCACAUUGUCAAGACAGAAGGUAAAUUGUCCACAGGUGAGUCGGUAGCAACAGAUUCUGGUAGAUUGCCAUGCAAACAGAUUAUACAUACAGUUGGGCCCAGGUGGAACUCCACAUCAGCUACACAAUGUGAUCGUCUGCUACAGAAAGCCAUAACCAGCAGUUUAGCACUGGCUGAGGAGUACUGCCACAGCUCCAUAGCAAUCCCAGCUGUCAGCUCGGGUAUUUUUGGGUGUCCUGUAGAUAAAAGUGCAGAGAACAUAAUACAAGCCAUCAAACAAUACAUGGCCAACAAACCUAAAGGCAGCUCCACCAUUAAAGAAAUCCAUCUGGUGGACACUAAUGAGAAUACAGUACGAAUCUUCGCCUCCACUCUGAAAAAGGAGUUUGGAGAGGAGGAAGCUGAACCCGCUCCGCAAUAUAGAGCGAAAAGACCUGAGAAGGUGGAGAGACCCUUCCCCAAGGAGAGAGUCUAUGAGAGGAAUGUAUCUACCAAUCAGAUGAUGACCAAAGAAAACAUCGUCAUUACAACAGAUGCGGUUGUAAACAGCGUGGGAAAUGACCUACGACUCAGCAGUGGCGGAGCAUCGAAGGCUCUUUUAGACAAGGCCGGGGACGAGCUUCAGCAAUGCCUGAAUAAAGUCCGUUCUGGAGCUCAGGUGGAAGACGGUUCGGUGUUCAUCACAGAGGGCUGCAAUCUGUCCUGUAAGACUGUUAUUCACGUUGUGGUUCCUCGGUGGGAUGGAGGAAAUGGUUCUGCUGAGAAGAUUUUCAGGGAAGUCGUGAGGAGCUGUUUGUGUGAGUCAGAGAAGAGGAAAAUGAGAUCCAUAACAUUCCCGGCCAUCGGGACCGGAGUUCUGGGAUUUCCAAAAAGUUCUGUCGCCACUUUUAUGUUUGAAGAGAUUCUCAAGUUUAGCAGCAAAAGUAACCCCCAACAUCUGAGAGAAGUGUGCUUCAUUCUGCAUCCCAGUGAUAAGGAAACAAUAUCGGAGUUUUCCAAGGAACUGAGCAGCCGGAUGGACCGAAAUGCCACAGUAAGAACUCGGAGCAGUAUGGCGGCUCCAGGACCCUCCCACAGCUCACAAGUUGGUGCUGGAUCCAGUCCAGGUUUCUUUGGUACAGUGAGCACUCCAGUGGCCGGAACUCAUGAAAUGAAGGUCGGAUCGGUCACUUAUCAAGUGAAAACGGGAGACGUAACGAAGGAGGACACUGACGUCAUUGUCAACUCAACUGACAAGACAUUCACCAUGCGAUCAGGUGUGUCUAAAGCCAUCCUGGAUGCUGCGGGACAGAGUGUGGUGGAUGAGUGCACUCGGCUCGGAUCUCAGGGGAAUAAAGAGCAUAUUGUGACACAGAAUGGAAAUCUUCGCUGCAAGAAAAUCCUCCAUAGGACCGGCGCACAUUCAGCCACGGGAAUAAAACAUUUCAUUACUGAGGCUCUGACUGAGUGCGCUGGACUCCGGGCUACAUCCGUGGCCUUUCCUGCCUGUGUUGCAGGUGUGGGUAGUGUGUCCUCAUCGACGGUGGCCGACUCUAUUUUAGAAUCGGUGGCUGAUUUUGCACAAUCGCCCCAAUCUGUCCAAACCGUGAAAGUCGUCAUUUUCCAGAAGCAAAUGCUGAAUGAUUUCUACACCAGCAUGAAGAAGAAGGAGGGGAACGCUAUGCCCAAAAAACAGAGAUUUAUGUCCACAGUGAAGAACUCUUCAUCCUACAUAGCCAAAUUCAGCAUUUCUGGGUGGAACACGGAAGGCUCUGAAGAAGAUCCCGAGGUUUUUGAAUUAAGUGAAAACAUAGAGCCGGCUAUUAUCCAUCUGUGUGCGGAAAGUCGGGACACCGUGGACAAGACAAAAUCCUGGUUCAGUGACCUGAUGAUGAAGGAGCAGAAUGAGAACCUCAUCACAGAUGACUGGAUCCGGGACUUUGAUGACAAGGAACAGGAGGCCAUAGUACAGCUUCAGAAGGAGUACCAAGUUAGUCUUAUUUUCGACUUGACAAAUGUUACAAUCAAAGUGCUGGGCCUGUCCAAGGACGUUCUGGACGUCAGCAAUAAAAUCCACAAAAUAAUAAAGACUGUGCGAGAUAAGAAGACAAGAGAUCGGGAGGCGGAGCUGUGCAGUAAUUUGGUAGAAUGGGGAUACCUCAGCGGAAGCAACUUUAUUCCAUUUGACAAAAUGGCAAAUCUGGACCUGGAGAAGGCCAAGAACGAGAACACACAAUGUGUAUCUAUAGAUAUUAAUGGAGUAACAUACACAGUGAUUGUAGAAGAGCUAAAAGCAAGAGAUGCCAGAGGGAACACCUUCAAGAUUCAAAGAAAUUCUAAACACGCGGCCUGUUUUGGGAAUGGAACGUAUUUUGCAGUGAACGCCAAUUAUUCUGCAGAUGACACAUACUCCCGGCCAGAUGGGAAUGGAUACAAGUACAUGUACCUGAGCCGUGUGGUCACAGGGGUAUCAUGUGUUGGACAUCAGGGGAUGAUUGCCCCCCCACCCAAGGUUGCCACAAAACCCACUGACCUGCAUGACAGUGCCACAAACGAUCUGACAAAUCCUGUAAUGUAUGUGAUAUUCCAUGACAUCCAGGCCUACCCCGAGUAUCUCUUCACCUUUACUAAAUGAGCCGAUGACCCUCCCUG